AUGGCAUGGGAACUGUACAACUUGGCCCGCGACGAAACCCUCAUCGUCACGCCAGCCGCGCGCAUCCACCGUAACCUCCUCGGCGUUGAGGAGGAGGAGCCGCCUUCCUCGCUGGAGAAGGAACCCCGGCCGGAAUUCCAGCAGCGAGGCCCCGAGACCGGGGACGAAAUCGCACUGGAGCCGUGCAUCCUCGGGGGGCCACGGCCGUGCACCCAGAUCGAGAGGGGAGGCCGUGUUGCUCCUACCGCGGCCGGAUCCAAGGCCAAGCCCGUGGGGUCCUGCUCGGGCUCCUCGCAGGGGCCACGGUGGCGGGAUCCACAACCACGGCGGGUCCUAACCCUAGCCGCCGCAGUGGGUCACCGGCACGACCCCCGCACCUCCGACGGGCAACGGCACCAAGGAUCGCUCUACGUGGGCCUUCAUCAGCGCCAGCUUCACCACUGGGACCUGCAGCCUCCUCCUCCGGCGUUCAUCUGCAUCAGGGCAGCUAAGAGGGCAUGGGCCUCGACCUCCACAGACGGUGGCCAGAUCGAGCGGAGCUUCCCUUCCUCUGCCUGGCGGGGCAAGGACAAGGACAAGCAGCAACAUCAUCGCAUCAUCAAGAGCAGCCUCAUCCUCUUCAUGCUGGCUCGACUGACUCUGAUUCUUCCUGUUUGCUGCCUUGCCUUGCAGAUGCGGCAGCUCAAGGGCGAGGUCGACAUCUUCUCCAGGGCCGACGGGUCGGCGCUGUUCGAGAUGGGCAACACCAGGGUCAUCGCUGCCGUCUACGGCCCUUGA